UUUUUUAUAGAGACUGACACAUCGCUUCUAAUUACAUCAAACAACAACAACAAAAACACACUGCCUUCCUUCAGCUAAGAGAUUCUUGAACUUCUAAACUCAUUUUUUAUGAAUGUUCGAAUCACAGCCUAUCUCCUUGGAAGCUUUUUUGCACUGUUCCAACAAAGCUGCAGAGAAAACAUAGGCAGAAUGGAUUAUUUUACAAUGUAUUGACAAAUUGCUUAUAAUUUCAAUUUUUGAUUAAGGAGAAAGAAUUGUGUUGCUGGAUAUUUUUCAAAGAAUAUAGCUUAUCUUAUUAUGUCAGAAAAAUCCUAGUUAAAACCUACACAUUCUACAUCCAGGAACGUUUCUUCAGUAAUCAUUAGAAUGUUACCAUUGACCUUCAAAUGUUCUACUUUUCAACAAUUUUAACUAAAGCAGAUUUUUGCUUUUUGUGACUAUUAUCACUUCAUCUGUUGAUAUUUUUUACCAACAUAUUAGCCACUUCUGGUUACCUAUUCUCACAUAGCUCAACGUUAACAGAAAGGGACUUUUCUUUAAACCAAGUCAGCUAUCAUAACUUCAGAGAUUAAACAGUUCUAAUGAUGUAGUUGUGGGAGUUAAGUAGUAGAAAAAGACAAGACGAUAGUAAACCAUAGUUAACAACAACAACAACAAAAAUCAGGUAAAAAGGUAGGCCUUUUUCUUCUAGAUGUGGCCUCUUGGGAAUUCUCUAAGAAUUAAAACUGCUUGCAGAUAAUUGUGAGUUGAUAAUGAACCAGAGCAAGGAAGGUAGUAUAAAAUCUGGAUCCCUUAGCAUCCCCUUUUGAUUGGGGCCUUUGCAAUGUAGUAGAGCUGUUAUUUCUUUAGCGUUCGAGGAGCUUAGAUUGAACUCACAACUUUAUAAAAUGUAGUUGUUGGUUUAUUUAUGAUAUUUGCACUUUGCAGACAUCCUUCAUUAGUACAGAUCAUUGAGAGAUAAAUAUAUUUGUCAAAGUUACAGAGAAAACAUUUAUGAAUAAGAAUGAAUCUAGAGCAUUUUAAAUUAAUGUUAAGAAAAAUCCUUUAAAGUUGUGGCUUACUUUUCUCACUCUUGAUAAUAACAAAUGUAUCCCUUUUAGGUACUUCUCUUGUACCUUGAGACCAUGGACCAGGGAAAUUAUUCUAGGGUGGCUGAGUUCGUGUUGCUGGGUCUCUCCAGUUCCCGAGAGCUCCAAUAUUUCUUCUUGGUGUUUUUUAACUUCUUGUACAUUGCCAUUGUGCUGGGAAAUCUCCUCAUUAUCCUCACAGUAAUUUCUGAACCUACCCUGCACACACCCAUGUAUAUCAUGCUCAGUAACCUUUCCAUUCUUGAUGUGUUUCUGGCCACUUACGCAACUCCCAAAAUGAUCCAUGAUUUCCUCCAUGAACACAAGACCAUUUCCUUUGAGGGCUGCAUGGCCCAGAUAUUCUUGCUCCAUGUCUUUGCCGGUGGGGAAAUGAUGCUCCUUGUAGCCAUGGCAUAUGACAGGUAUGUAGCUAUAUGCAAACCCCUCCAUUAUGCAACCAUCAUGAACUUGUGCAAAUGUACAGGCCUAGUUGUAGGAUCUUGGGUCAUUGGGGUUAUGCACUCUCUGAGCCAGUUGGCUUUCACUGUAAACUUACCUUUCUGUGGCCCAAAUGUAGUGGAUAGUUAUUAUUGUGACCUUACUGUGGUCAUCAAACUUGCCUGUACAGAUACUUAUGUUCCUGAAGUUUUGAUGCUUUUGGACAGUGGUCUAAUGGGGCUGACUUCAUUCUUACUCUUGCUCAUCUCCUACGUGGUCAUCCUGGUCACUGUGCAACAUCAGUCUUCAACAGGCAUAGCCAAGGCCCGCAGCACCCUGACAGCCCACAUCACUGUGGUGACCCUCUUCUUUGGGCCCUGCAUCUUCAUCUAUGCCUGGCCUUUCAGCAAUUUCCCAGUGGAUAAGGUCCUUUCUGUGUUCUCUACAGUUUUCACACCUAUAUUAAAUCCCAUUAUUUACACAUUGAGAAAUAAAGAGGUGAAAUCAGCAAUGCAUAAACUGAAGGGCAGGUACAUAAGGUCCAGGCUCCCUAUCCAGCAGUCUCUCACAGAGUAGAUUUGCUGAAUUGAGUGGACAGAAGGAGGUUGAUAAAUGUAGAUUUUACCUUAUUCUUGUGACCAUUAUUAUU